UUUCUGUAGCUCACACGGGGCUUGAAGAGCCUCCCUGCUUAUCUGGUUAUAAUUAUAGAGAGGUGACCUGGUUUCAGCACCGCGGCUCGUUAACAGCUCCAGUGCACAGCGGAGAUUUUGGCCAGCCCCUCCACGCCCGGUGCGUCUGACAGAGCAGGGUACCCAGGGCGCAGCCUCCGCGGCAGUUUCAGCACCAGCGGCCGGCCGGAGAGAAGCGGAGCUGUCCACACGUUCAGCACUUUUCUUCCGGACGCGGGUGGGAACAGAGAGCAAGGCAGCCAGGAUAUAUCUUCCCCCUGGGCACCCCUGAGACAACGUAUUUCAGGAUGGCGUCAAAAUACGUUGGCCUCUUCGUCCUUUUCCAGUUUCUAGCGCUGAAUGUAGUGAGCCAGAUAUCUGCCUUCCCCACACCGACAGCCUCAGCGGAUGAUAAAACUGUGUACAAUAGACAGUUGACAGAAGAAAGACCAGUACAAGAGCAGAUUGCUGAGGCGGACAGUGUGAAAGCUGCAGUACAGUCAGCUGAGAGCAAGCGUCCCACUGCCUCCAAGGACACGGAGUCAGAGCAGGACCUUGAUGACUUAACUGUGCUGAAGUCACUGGCUGAUGGCCAGAAAUCAAAGGAGGCCACUGAGGUGCCGCUCAAGAAGGAGGAGCAGUAUGUUCCCGAUGAAUCAGACUCAACCAAAAGCCGGCGUCUGGCUGAGGACUACGACUCCACCAAGAAUGGGAUGGACUACGGCAAGUACCAGGAUGACCCAGAGAGUUUCCGUCAGGUUGAUGGGACUCCGCUGACAGCAGAAGACAUCGUCCAGAAGAUUGCAAACAAGAUAUAUGAGGAGGACGACAGAGGGGUGUUUGACAGGAUUGUCUCCAAACUGCUCAAACUGGGGCUGAUCACAGAUAGUCAGGCAGAUACCCUGGAGUACCAGGUGGCCGAGGCUCUCCAGGAUCUCAUCACCAAAAACGCCAAAAACAAUGAGAUUGAGGACAUUGAGAGCAACGGCCAAGAAACCAGAGGAGAGCAGGACGACCAGGAAUCAGACGCAAACGCGGACACAUGGGAGCCACCCAGGCGCCGCUACAACGAAGACGAAGAGGACGUGGACGAAGAUGAUGAUGAGAUUGAGGACGAGGUGGACAGGGAUGCAGAAGAAGACGGGGGCGACACAGCUGACAACACCUGGGACAAAGAUACUGAGGAGGGCAACGAGGUGAGCCCUGAAGAUGGACUCCAGGACCUGCAGUACUUCCCAAACUUCUACCGGCUGCUCAAGAGCCUUGACUCAGAUCAAGAUACUCAGGAAAGAGAGACACUGAUUACCAUUAUGAAGACGCUGAUUGACUUUGUGAAGAUGAUGGUGAAGUACGGCACCAUCACGCCAGAGGAGGGAGUGUCCUAUCUGGAGAACCUGGAUGCCAUGAUAGCCAUGCAGACUAAGAACAAGCUGGGCAAGUCUCUCGGGCCUCCUGAUUUCACUGGACCCAACGGAAAAAACUUGGAUGAGGAUGACAACACCAAGGCUGAGGCAGCUAAAAUGCAGAAGGAGUACGAGAACCUGAAAGACUCAACCAAGGAGGAGCAGCCAUCAACUGAGACCAAUCAACCUGGCAAGUCAGAGACUUAUCUGGAGGCCAUCAGGAAGAACAUUGAGUGGCUGAAGAAACACAGCAAAGAAGAAGGAAAAGAUGAUUAUGACCUGUCCAAGCUAAAGGACUUCAUGGACCAGCAAGUCGACUCCUACAUUGAGAAAGGCAUCAUCGCCAAGGACGAAGGCGACACCAUCAAGCGGAUCUACAGCAGCUUGUAAUGCCAUCACCCAUCCUCCAACCAACCUCUGGCCUAAAAGACAAGACUGAAUCUGAAAUGAAGAUCUCCAACAAAACCCUGACUAUUUAACAGUUAUUUCCCAUGGCAUGGUAAAGUAUAUACUGUGUAUUUAAAACUACCUGCUUAGGGGAACUUAUUCACACUCCCAGACACCCCCAAAAUGUAUCAAGAAGGGAUUUAAUAAUCAACUAAACAGUUAAAUUAUUCUUUACAGCUAAGUAACGAUUGAUUAUAUUUGCACGUCAAGAUCGCAGAGUAAUGAUCGCUAGAAUAUUAUUGAGAGAGAAAUCAAAGUAUUUUAUGUAACCAACUCACACGUCCAACUAAAUGCUCGCAUUUACUCCAACCUGACUCCUGUGGGAAAUGAAUGUUAUGAGAGUAUGAUGCUGUAGCUUUGUCGUCAACUACUGUUUCCAAUAUUUGUUUUUGCAACAACAUACACAUAUAUCAAAUUGUACUCAUUCUGUGUAACCUGUCUUAGGCUAUUACAUUUCUUUUUUCCGGUGUAUAUGUAAGCUCUUAAUGUAUCCUUGCUUUUUAUUUUACCAAAAAUAUAUUUGUUGUGUAUCAUGUCAAUGCCCUCCGUACUCCUCUGUUCUACUGGAAUUCUCCUGGGGCCCACUAGGGGGCCAUGUAUGUAUCAUCAAUUCUCUCUGCAUGUCUCUGUGAGUUUCCAUUUCCAUCUCUGUAGAGACAGAAGAUAAGUAUUUUUAAAUGUAAAUAUUUGUGAGUUUUUCCUAAAGUUUAAAAAGCAAUUAAAACAUUGUCUUUUCUUUAUCUGUGUACUUAACUGUG